AUGCCGACGACGUCGAUAGCCGGUCUGCCGGAAUACAUCGGCUUUUCGUACCGAUUCAACUACACUACAGUAUUCCUGAUCGUCUCGACCGUCUACAGUAUACCUCCACUUGUCAUUGUCAUCGUCAUGAUCCGAUUCUUCUUCAAAAACUAUCAAAACCACGUGCCCCGAAACGUGUUGAGAGUCGACGUUUUCGCGCUUUUCCUCCUAAUGCAAUCGCUGGCGAUGAUCAACGUCCUCCUCGAUAUUAUAGUUGUCCGACUGCCGGCCACCUCGAUUCUCACCUCAUUUUGUGCUUCUCAGAAUCCGGAACGUCUUCUCAACAUUUCGUUUUUCCUACUCAUCACAGCGCUCUUCUACGCCAACUUUAUAACGGUUUUGUUCUGUUUGCUACGCGUCUUCAUCCUUUUCUCAAGUAGUUUCGGUCAAAAAGUGAGUGAAUUUCAGAAAAACGAAUAUUAACCCAUUUGCAGACACGCCUCAAACCGAUGUUCUUCAUCGUUUUCCUAUGUCUCGUGCUCUCCGCACUUUUCGCCUACCUCCGCUACAUUCACCCGACAGUGUGUGCCCAAAUGACCGAUCCGUUACCGUUCGGAUCCAUAGAACUUGUGACCGAACCUCGGGAAGAUACUUGGGUAAGUGUCCCCCCCAAACUACCGUACUCCCUUCCACUACAGUAUCCUUCCAGGCCCUCUACCCUUUCAUCGAAUCCAGUGUCUAUCCGUGCAUUCUCGUCGCACUCCUCUCCCUGACACUCUUGACAUCGUUGAAAGUUCGACGGAAACGAUUGUUCCUGUAG